AUGUUGAAGGAGUUGAACCAGCAACGCAGAGCGAAAGAGUUUACAGACCUGAAAAUUAUUGUUGAAGGCAAAGAGUUUGAAGUCCACCAAAAUGUUCUAGCUUCCUGCAGCUUGUAUUUCAAGGACCUGAUUAAAAGGUCACCCCGGGACAGUAGCAGAAGCAGCGAGAAGCUGGAGCUGGAAUUAUCAAAUCUCACAGCGGAUGUUCUGGAACUGCUGCUGGAAUUUGUUUAUACAGGUUCCUUAGUAAUAGACUCUGCCAACGCCAAAACCCUUCUCGAGGCUGCCAGCAAAUUCCAGUUUCAUACAUUCUGCAAAGUCUGUGUCUCUUUUCUAGAAAAACAGUUGACUGCUAGCAAUUGCUUAGGAAUAUUAGCCAUGGCUGAAGCAAUGCAGUGCAGCGAACUAUACAAUAUGGCGAAGGCCUACGCCCUGCAGAUUUUCCCUGAGGUGGCAAAUCAAGAGGAGAUUCUUAAUAUCUCAAAGGAUGACGUCAUUUCCUAUAUGUCAAAUGACAGCCUAAACACAAAAACGGAAGAACUGGUUUACGAAACAGUGAUAAAGUGGAUUAAAAAAGAUCCCUCAGUCAGAACACAGUAUUCUGCUGAGCUGUUGGCAGUGGUCCGUCUGCCCUUCAUCCAUCCCAGUUAUCUGCUGAACGUAGUUGACAAUGAGGAAUUGAUAAAAUCUUCAGAGGCCUGCCGGGACCUGGUGAAUGAAGCAAAACGUUAUCACAUGUUGCCGCACGCCAGGCAAGAGAUGCAGACUCCAAGAACCCGGCCCAGGUUAUCAGCAGGUGUAGCAGAGGUCAUAGUCCUAGUAGGAGGCCGUCAGAUGAUUGGAAUGAAUCAACGUGCUUUGACAGCAGUGACAUGCUUCAAUCCUCAGAACAACAAAUGGUAUCCAUUGGCCACCCUGCCCUUCUAUGAUCGGGAGUUGUUUAGUGUGGUGAGCGCUGGAGACAAUGUCUACCUCUCAGGUGGUAUGGAAGCUGGAGUCACACUGUCUGAUGUCUGGUGCUACAUGUCGCUCCUUGAUAACUGGAAUCUCGUUUCCCGAAUGACAGUCCCACGAUGUCGGCACAACAGUUUGGUUUACGAUGGCAAAAUAUAUACCAUAGGAGGCCUUGGUGUAGCAGGCAAUGUUGAUCAUGUGGAGAGGUAUGACACCAUCACCAAUCAGUGGGAGACAGUUGCUCCUUUGCCAAAGGCAGUGCAUUCUGCAGCUGCAACUGUUUGUGGUGGAAAGAUCUAUGUAUUUGGAGGCGUGAAUGAAGCUGGCCGAGCUGCUGGAGUCCUGCAGUCAUAUAUUCCACAGACUAAUGCAUGGAGUUUUAUAGAGUCACCAAUGAUAGAUAACAAAUACGCUCCUGCAGUCACUCUCAAUGGUUUCAUCUUUAUCCUUGGAGGAGCUUACGCACGAGCAACCACCAUCUACGAUCCAGAGAAAGGCAAUAUUAAAGCAGGGCCCAACAUGAACCACUCCAGGCAGUUUUGCAGCGCUGUGGUCCUUGAUGGAAAAAUUUACGCCACUGGUGGAAUUGUCAGCAGCGAAGGCCCCGCCCUAGGAAAUAUGGAAGCUUAUGACCCCAACACCAACACAUGGACGCUGCUCCCCAACAUGCCAUGUCCAGUGUUCCGGCACGGCUGCAUAGUCAUUAAAAAAUACAUUCAGAGUGGUUGACGCCGUCAAAAA